AUGGCAAGUGAGGAUGUAAUCGAGUUGGGAUCUUCUGAGGAUGAAGCUGAGCCACCGGCACCCAAAAAAAUCAAACCGCUACCUAAUGCUAUGGUACAUAUCCCGAACAAAUUACGUGGAAUAACUAUAAAGCCAAUGGUAACUAAUUUACCCCACAAACAUAAAGUAUUUAUGGGCAAGUCACUAUCGGUUACAAAAUUGCCUCAAUCUACGACAGUUAACUUGAUACAGAAUACUAACAGACACAAUGGAAUACCUUUACAUAAGUAUGUUUCGAAACCUAUUUACAGAAAAUUAAUGACGGACAAGCCAGUACCCAAUCAAGAUAAAUUAAAUAUUAAUCCAUUUAAUAUUGCAAAUCGAGGUUCUGCUUUAUUGAACAGAACACCUUCAUCUAAAUUUAUAAAACGGCAAUUAAAAGUGCAAGAUCCAAAAGUGUUAAACAAUUUACCUUCAAGUAUCACAGUUAAAAGAACUCAAGGCGGGGGAAAAGUUGUACCAGUAGCCAGUGCGCAAACUGUAAAUAAAGUAACUGUAAAAAAAAAUUUAACUCUUGUUCCAUCGAAAACCCUUCAGAAAGAUCAUGGCAGUAGUAUAGGUGAUGUUUUAACUGUAGAAUUAGAUGAUGAUGAAGGUUCCCAAUCUUCUACAGCUACAGGUAGUCCACAGUGGUAUUUGAGGCCUGAAGAACAAUUGGAUGAAAAUAGCCUGGAACAGAAAAACAACAAAGAGCCUGAGGCAAGUAAUAUGAUAGAAAUUUUAAUAGAAGAUAGUCCAGUGAAACCUUGCUUACCAAAAGAUUCACGUGAAGUAAGUAAUGAACUAUUUAUAACAAUCGAGGAUAGUCCUAUUAAACCAUUUAAUGAUGCAUCACCAGCUUGUGACAGUGAUAAUGAACAAGACAAAACCAAGGUUCCUCUUAGUAAAAAGAAGCUAAAUUAUCCAGAUAAUAAAGCAUUAAAUGAAAAUGAAAUGGAAGCAGAUAAUGAUUCUACUGUGAAUAAAUCUGAAGUUAAUAAUGAUACUGAAGAAGAUAAAGUUGAAAAUGAUUCAGAAAAUGUAGUUCAACAAACUAAACAACUUGAUGAAAAUAAUAAGCUAGAAAAUACAAAUUCUCCCACAGUUAACCCAAUAAUGGUUAAAAAAGAUAAUUCAUUGGAAAGUGAUCUAUGUUCAAAUGAUAAGAGCAUAGAAGUACCUAGUAAAAAUGUUAAGUCGGUAUGCAGUAAUGAAAAUAGUGAAUUUCACCCAAUUUACCAAAAAUUCAUAGAUUUAUGUUUUGAAUUAGAAAAUUCAGAUGAUAUGAAUAAAAUAGUUGAGAAAAAAAUUAAAACAUAUUAUAGACAAGUAUCAAAAGAAUAUGUUGAAUCGGAAGAGUUUAUUGAUAUGGUAUCAACAAAAAUAACAUUAAUGAAGGCUGGUCCUCAGAAGAUGUUUUUGUACAUUAAGGAUAUAGUUGAUGAAUUAAAUUUACAAAGAAAAAUGGCAAAAUCACAACCUUUAUUAGAAAACAAAAAGGAGUCUGUAAAAGAGUUGAAUAAGGAUCUUUUUGAAGAAGACAAACCACAUGACCGUAAACGUCGGAGACAAAUCCAUAAACUAGAAAAGACAAUCAAAAAACUUCAUAGAGCUAUACAAAAAUUGGAGGAACAGGAGGUGGAUUUUGAUGACGAAGAGGAUUCAGUUUAUCUAUUGACUGAAAGAUAUAAGGAGAGACUAGUACGUGUGUAUGCAAAGUUUUGUCAAAUAUCUAAUACAAAAAUGCCAUCUGAACCACGGAUUCAAAUAGAAUGCCGGCCAGGUCAGCCAUCAGGCCCUGCAAGAAAGCUUGAGAAGUGGAUCAACAAGAAAGUACCCAUUGGAACACCACUCCCAUUCCCAGACUUCCAUGAUGUACUUAAAUGCGUGAGAGAAGCUAACGAAGAAGACCAACUGGGUUGGAAUGAGGCCGAUAUAAUGGAGGAAGCUCGCGAUCUUUUCACAAGAUGUGGUAAAAAGCUGCAAAGACGAAGACAGGAAAAUGAAUGGAGAUUAGCUGCUUCACGAAUAACGCAAGAUGUGGACCCGGCUGAACAGAAUGAAAUGUUGAAAAAGAAAUUAGAUGAAAAUAAGAUGGUCGCAGCUAAAAAAGAGACUGAACUUUUUAACAAGUAUGCAGACAAACAAAAUCUUUUAAAAUUAGAGGCUGUAGAAAUUGGUGAUAAAGAAGCAGAUGAAUCACCCGUGGAGAGUGAAGAGGAUGAAAUUAAUGAUGAUAGUAAUUCGUUAGAAGAUAGACAAAAGAGAAAAGAUCGACUGCGACGACUUUUGAACGAAAAAUCUAAAAGAGUUACUGAUGAAAAAGUUAGUGAUAGUAAGAAAGAGUCUGAAAAGCUUUCCUUGCUAAGCGAAAGUGAGACAGACAAUGUUAAAGCAUUGCACAGCAAGGAAGGAUGUGAACCAGAUAACUGUAGAGAAAGUGAAAUAAAUGACAACAUCGAAAAAUGUUAUAAGAAUUUGAACACGAGAGAGAGUGAAGUUGAUAAAGAUAAUAAAAAUCUAACGGAAGUAACUUCAGAAGGUGUAAAACGAAAUAAAAUUCAACAAAAUGAAUCUGCUACUGAUACCGUUGUUGAAGAUAUAACAGAUAAUAAUAACAAAAAUGAAAAUACAGCGCAUGAAGUAAAUGAUAUGAAGACUACCGGUGAGAGUGAUUCCAUUACCCCUACAGAUAUGAUAAAACCCGAGCCUAAAGUCUAUGAUACUGAACGCGUAACUUUAAUAAGUGAUGAUUCUGAUGUGGAUGAACUCAAUUUACUACAAAAGUUACAUUCGGGAAAUGAAAUAUCAUCAUCUGAUUCAUCAGAGUAUGAUUCACCAAUAGCUAUUUCAGACACGCUAGAAUCAAAUAGCGAUUCAGAAGACAAUGAAACUCAUGAUGUUAUAAGUAUUGAAAAUUCCAGUUAUUCUGAAUCUGAGACCGCCAAAGAAGACAUUAUGUUAUCAGUUAAUGAUAUUGCAGAAAAGUGUAGUAAAGUAGGUGAAGAUGUUGUUAUAUAUAAUUUAGAAGAUGAAUCGCAGAAUGCCGAUAGUGUAGAUUCUGUAGUUGAAGCUGAUAAGGAAUAUUCCGAGAAAAGUAAUAAAGAUAAUGAUGAAAUGGAGGAUGUCCUUUUGGCUUCUUCUGAAGAUGAAGACAUUACACAUAAAGAUAUAGAUUUAUCGAAAGGUGGCAGUGGUUAUAUUAACUUAAAGGAUGAUGCAAUAUCUAUUGAAUCUAAUACAGAUGAAGUUCCAGAUGAAAAAAGAAAUGAAAUGCUAAAUGAUGAUUUAAAUGACGGUAAAUCCGAUUGUAAUGUCCAUAUACACUAUCAGGAAGAUGUUUCCGAAUUAAAAAAUAUAGAAAAACAUGGUGAUGAAUCAGAAGAAAUGGAUAUUAUUGAGACAACUCUAAACGAAGAUCAACUUCAAGAGCCCUCUGCACCUCUGCCCUCAGCAAACUCUGAUAUUAACUUAAAGGAUGAUGCAAUAUCUAUUGAAUCUAAUACAGACGAAGUUUCAAAUGAAAAAAGAAAUGAAAUACUAAAUGAUGAUGUAAGUGACGAUAAAUUUGAUUGUAAUCUCCAUAUACACUCUCAGGAAGAUAUUUCCCAAUCAAAAAAGAUAGAAAAACAUGGUGAUGGAGCGGAAGCAAUGGAUAUUACUGAGACAACUUUAAACGACGAUGAACUUCAAGAGCCCUCUUCACCUCAGCCCUCAGCAAACUCUGAUAUUAACUUAAGGGAUGAUGCGAUAUCUAUUGAAUCAAAUACAGAUGAAGUUCCAGAUGAAAAAAGAAAUGAAAUGCUGAAUGAUGAUAUAAAUGAUGGUAAAUCUGAUUGUAAUGUUCAUAUACACUCUCAGGAAGAUGUUUCCGAAUUAAAAAAGAUAGAAAAGCAUGGUGAUGGAUCAGAAGCAAUGGAUAUUAUUGGGACAAGUCUAAACAAAGAUCAACUUCAAGAGCCCUCUGCACCUCAGCCCUCAGCCAACUCUGAUAUUAACUUAAAGGAUGAUGCAAUAUCUAUUGAAUCUAAUACAGAUGAAGUUCUAGAUGAAAAAAGAAAUGAAAUGCUAAAUGAUGAUAUAAAUGAUGAUAAAUCCGAUUGUAAUGUCCAUAUAUACUCUCAGGAAGAUGUUUUCGAAUUAAAUGAGAUAGAAAAACAUGGUGAUGGAUCAGAAGCAAUGGAUAUUAUUGAGACAACUCUAAACGACGAUCAACUUCAAGGGCUUUCUGCACCUCAACCCUCAGCAAACUCUGGGGAAAUCGGGGAAGAAACUAGAAUAGUCUGUAAUAGUCAGGAUGAGAUGGUUACAUGCGUUGAUAAUGCGCCACUUGACUGUUUAAAAGAUGCGAGAUCAAAGACUGUAGAAUCAACCGAAAAUGACGUAAACAUGAGUAAUAUUAGUAAUAUUGUUGAGCAUCAUUCCAAAAGUACUGAAUUAACGUGUGAGAAGAACGCUAAUGAUGUAGAAAUGCUGCUUCAAAAAAUGUUUGAUUCAGACAAAAACGCGAAAACAUAA